AUGGAGAUAGUUCAUGUGUACACCAAGAAGCGCAAUGAGUUUGGGCGACAGUGUAAUUUCUCUGAUCGGCCUGCUGAGUUGCAUGUGGACAUCCUCCCUGAUCCUUCUCUGGCAUCCAACUUCAUUGAGAGAGACCCUUGCGAUGUUCCCAUACAGUGCACACAAGAGAUGUCCGAGCAUGAGGUGAACACAGAGCGCUUUGAGUCAGACACCAGGGGGAUAAACCAUGUGGAGGGAGGCUGGCCCAAGGACGUCAACCCUCAGGAGAUGGAGCAGACCAUCCGCUUCAGGAAGAAAGUGGAGAAAGAUGAGCAUUAUUUCAGCACCAUCAUGCAGCUGGGCAGUAAUAUGGAGCAUUGCAUCAAACAAAACAAUGCCAUCAACAUCUACCAGGAGUACUUUGAAGAGGAGGAGGUGGUGGAGGAGUCCGAGGAGCAGCCCUCAGCCAAAACCAUCAAUGUUUUCAGAGACCCGAACGAGAUAAAGCGCACUGCCACCUGUCUGUCCUGGCAUCCCGAUGGCAGCUGUAAACUGGCUGUGGCCUACUCUUCACUAGGGUUCCAGAACAUCUCCCCAGACAUGAGCUAUGACUCAUAUAUAUGGGACAUUGAGAAUCCCAAUAAGCCGGAGAUGACCCUGAAACCGGUCUCUCUACUGGUCUGUCUGGAGUACAACCCCAAAGACUCUCACAUCCUGGUCGGAGGCAGCUACAAUGGCCAGAUCGCUUAUUGGGACACUCGCAAGGGGAGCCAGCCGGUGGAAAUGUCCACAAUAGAGCACAGCCACAGAGACCCUGUCUACAAAGUCAUCUGGUUGCAGUCAAAGACAGGAACCGAUACCUUUUCUGCAUCUACGGACGGUCAGGUGCUGUGGUGGGACAUCCGUAAGAUGAGUGAGCCCACAGAGAGGCUGGUACUGGACCCCAACAAAAAGGGCAACCUGGACAAUGCCUUGGGGGCGAUCUCACUGGAGUUUGAGACCACUAUGCCCACAAAGUUUAUGGUGGGGACAGAGCAAGGGCUGGUGGUCUCCUGUAACCGCAAGGCCAAGACCCCGGCAGAGAAGAUAGUGUGUACGUACAGCGGUCAUCACGGCCCAAUCUACGCCCUGCAAAGGAACCCUUUCUUCCCCAAGAACUUCCUGACCGUAGCCGAUUGGACAGCCCGCAUCUGGUCCGAAGACAUCAAGGAGUCGUCCAUCAUGUGGACAAAAUACCAUAUGGCCUAUCUGUCAGAUGGCUGCUGGAGUCCAGUACGGCCCUCUGUGUUCUUCACCGUCAAAAUGGACGGGACGCUAGACGUUUGGGACUUCCUCUUCAAACAGAACGACCCCACCCUCAGUCUAAAAGUGUGUGAUGAGGCUCUGUACAGCCUGCGGGUGCAGGAUAACGGGCGCUUCCUGGCCUGUGGCUCUCAGCUGGGCACUGCCACCCUGCUGGAAAUCUCCCCAGGGCUGUGUACCCUCCAGAGGAACGAGAAGGCCCUAGCCACUGCGAUGUUUGAGCGGGAGACUAAACGGGAGAAGAUCUUGGAGGCGCGCCACCGUGAGAUGCGUCUGAAGGAGCGCAGCCGCUCGGAGCAGAGCAAGGACGAGGACACCAAGGAGGGCGACGGAGAAGAGAGCGUCGAGGAGCUAGCAACUCGCACGGAGGCAGAGUUCUAUGAGAUAGUAGAAGCUGAGCUGAAGAAGAGAGCUAAGGAGCAAGAAAAAAAGGAGAAAGACGUGUGUGAAGAGAAAGAAGUCUGA